AUGGCAAACAAAGUGGCCGAUGCUUCAAAACCGCCUGUCGCUCCGCCUGGAUCGCAGUUGUCGUUUGACGAUCAGCUUGAACGCCUUGAUUUCUCGGGUGAUGCCAUUGACGCAGCUUUAAGGAAGCUAUUGGCCUUAGUACAAUUACCCAAAGAGGCUCAACAGAUUGAUCGUGCUAUGCAAGACUUCGCAAGUCGAUAUCAUGAAUGCAAUCCAGAUUUGAUGCAUAGUCCAGAUACCAUCUAUGCAAUUGCAUUUUCGAUCCUUUUGCUUCAUACCGACGCACACAACAAGAAUGUCCGACACAAGAUGAACAAGGAUACCUUUAUUGCUCAUACCAAGUUGAUUGAUGAAAGUGAAGAUAUACCCAAUGAGAUCCUGGAUAUCAUGUAUGACAACAUUGUGUCUACCGAAUUUACAUAUGCCGAGCAGCAAUCAAGUGACGAUGAUGAAGUCAACAAGACAUCAUGGCUAGGACGACUAGUUUGGAAUGAAAGCACAACUUCAGUGGUAGGCAACAGCAACAACAACAAUACAUCUUUAUACUCGAACGAUGAUUUGAUAUCACGGUUGACUCAGCUCAUGCCAGAUACAAACACUUGCCAUUAUACGCGACGCGAUAUCAACAUCAAAGAGAUCCACAUGGCAUUUCAGGAUAUACGAUACUUGUAUCUAUCGGGUGUAAGAAGCAGGCAACAACAUCAACGUCUAUUAUGGAGCAAUGGUGGUAGUGGUGAUGAUAGCAGUGAUCAAUCCAUGUACCGUGUACGCGUGGUGAAAGCGGCAGUGAUGGAGCGUAAAUACGACUUGUUACCAGGUGGCAAGCGUACAAGCACACGUGGAUGGCGUUCCUUUGGUGUCGCUUUGACAGGCAGUCAAAUUGUCUUUUUUUCUGAUACGGCGGCUUUUUCAGCAUGGCUUGAGAAUGAUGAUGUUGACGAUGAUGAUCAACAACGGCAACAACUCACCCCAACAAAGUCAACAAGCAAUCGACCUUACCUUCCAUUCUUGCACCCAUCGAUUUCUACAACAACCAUCAGCACCAACGCUGUAUCAUUCACAUCCACUUUUAUGACCCCAUCACCAUCACUACCAGCAGCAUCAAGCAAUCAUGCCAUAUUACGGCCUGUACAGAUCAUAUCGUUGGAGAAUGCAGUGUGCGUCUACGAUGAAUCAUAUACCAAAUAUCCACACGUGAUGCGGCUUUUAACAGGAGACGGCCAACAAUUCCUAUUCAAGGCCAAGGAUAAUGAUGAUUUGGAUGAUUGGAUGGCCAAGAUCAAUUACGUUGCUACCGCAAAGACAAAAGGCGUGCGAUUACGACCCGUCAGUGACAACCACAUGGAAAAGAUUAGGGUGACCAUUGAAUCGUUGGAUGAGCAUAUAGUGGAACUGCAGCGAUCCAUUGAUAAGGAUUUGAUGCUCCGACGUAAUCUGUUGGUAUUGGAACCAAUGCAACGAUCGACAAGGGAAAGGAUGAUAUCUUACGCCGAGACGUUGGGUCGACAAUUACGGCAAAAAUGGUCAGUGAUGCAACAGCUUUUAUGCUAUCAUGCUUUUUGCAAAAUGGCCUUGGCACAUCCCACUAUCACUGGGCGUCGAUUUGAUCGAUCAGCAACAGCACCUAUUCUUCUCAGCAAUCAUCACCAUGAUGAGGAUGAUAAUGACCAUCGACAACAUCAACAACAACAACGUCUUGCUGUACGUGACAACAACAACAACAACCAUCAUCAUUCUCUUGAACGUCGAUUAUCUUGUCCCCCAUUUCCUUUUGAGAUUGAUGACAACCACCCUGGAUCGACAACAACACCAACAACAACUGCACAGACAUUGAAUGUCCCAUCCUCAUCUUUAUUGGAUCGACGAAACAGGAGCAACAGCAAUCCUUCUCAUGAUCACAAGGAACUAAAAUCAAGAGGAAGAAGUGGAUCUGCAGUGUCAUCGAGUAGUGUAAAUGAUGAGAUAUCGCUAGAAAAUGAUGAACAUGAAGGAUCGGAUACCCAUCAGCAGCAUUGA